GGGUCCUGGGUGGACGGGGGCCGGCGAGGCCCAAGUUGCGAGGCUUCGCGUCUGGGAGUCGGGGGCUAGAGGAAGGAGCUGGUGAUGAUGACAUUUCGGCAGUUGCUCAAAACUCCUUUCCUGUGCAGCCUGCUCUGCACCAUCUGCAUCCUGGGUGCUAGGGCCCAACAGCCCGGAGCCAGCAAUGCCCAUCCUGGCAGUGUGGGUUUGGACAAGCAUGUGGUGCAUGAUCAAGAACACAUCAUGGAGCACCUAGAAGGCGUCAUCAACAAGCCUGAGACCGAGAUGUCACCGCAGGAGCUUCAGCUACAUUACUUCAAGAUGCAUGACUAUGACGGCAACAGCCUGCUGGAUGGGCUGGAGCUCUCCAUCGCCAUCACGCAUGUCCACAAGGAGGAAGGGAAUGCCCAGGCACCACCCAUGAGCGAGGAUGAGCUCAUCAACUUGAUAGAUGGUGUUUUGAAAGACGAUGACCGAAACAAUGACGGCUACAUCGACUAUGCGGAGUUUGCUCGUUUGCUGCAGUAGACACGCCCAGUCUUUUAGUUCCAUGCAACUGUGACCCAUUAGAAUGUGAUGGAACACUUUUCAGAAACUCCUUUUCCAACUACUGCGACAAUGUCUUGGUGGGAACCUGUGGCAGUUGGUUACACUAGGAUGUGUGUGUGAGAAAAAAAAACACAGGAAUGAGGCAUAAAGUUAAUUCUCCCAAAGCCUGUUGAAUCUUACAGGGUGAAAGUUUGAUUCAAGAAUCCUUUUCCAAACAUGGGCCUCUUGGUGCAGUGCACUGAGGCGCUCUGUAGGAUACCACUAGUCUCUUGAUUUU